UUCUAACAGGAGAGUGAACCUCGUUUUUCACAAUUGGGGCCUCGCCCGGGAUCUACACCUCGCCUCUGAAAAGCGUGGGAGGAUUCAAGAAGCAAAGGGUAAGGCGCCCCCUGCCCAAAUUGGCAGGACCCUUGCUUAGCAUCCUCUGGCGCGGUUUGGUGGCAGCAGGGCAACACCCGGAGGACAAGAAAGACACAAAAAUAAAGCAAAUAAAAGAGAGCGCUCUCGACAAAAAUCCCACAGACACUGGAAAAGCAACAGGACUGGUACUGCUGACGACUGAGGCCGCAAUCCGGACCAAGGAACGAGGGUGGAUCCAUGCCAGCAGAAUCAAAGGACCUGUAAAAGAACCUGAAGAGUGGACUGUAAUAUCCAAACCAGGUGACACCAAAUUGAUUCUUAAAUGGAGGCCAGGUGGCAACGAACUAGAACAAUCUAAAUAAUCCAAGGGAUAUGCAAAGAAUCACACCUAACUGAGAAGUAAAAGCCAAAUUUAUAUCAGUGACCCCUGGACAAAUUCUGGGACAUCUUGGAGAAGAAUAUUCUCACUUCAAACAGGAAGGGUUGGGACUGUAUCAAACAGGGAACUCUCAUAUUCUGAUUCUAGCCUGUGAUUUGUAUUGAGAAGGGGGAGAAUCACAACUUCCAUCAGUGCCACAUCAUAUACCCUGUUUGAAUCAUUCUAAUACAGGGCAUGCCAGCCAGGUCAAAUAUAAGUAAUUAAUCUGGAAGGAAACUGGCAUUUCACAUCAUCGACACCCUAGUUGUAAAAGGUGUCCAGCACAAAUCAACCCCCUUAUCCAGACAAAAUCAUAAGCAACAAAAGCAAUAACUUUGCUCUGCAGAUGGGAAUUACCAGUGCCUGUUGAAUGGGAAAUACCUAAGAUACAAACAGUUAAAAAGGGUGCCAAAAGAAAUUUGCCUAAAAGCUACAAAGGAAGUGACAAGGAAAUAGAGCGCAAGACCGGGUUGGCCACUGUACUCGCCACCAAGAAGAUCCAAUACACCUGCUAUGGGUUGCAACCCCAUAGGCAAGGGAGGUGGGCGUAUAAGCCAUGCCGGACCUCUGUUAUUCCUCCUUUUGUCACUUACCCUGGUCCCUUUCGGGACACUGGCAAGACCAUGUUACAAAUGCUACCGAAAGCUCUACAUGGAAAGACACCGGGGCUUCUUUCUUAUUACUCAUACCCAUAUCAACAGUCACUGUUAUGACUCGUCCAAAUUAGGUAUUUGUAUGCAUAAAGGGGAAAAAUAUUGGAUUACAGAAAAUUUGGGAACAAGUAGAAACAGACUAGGAAGUAAUUGUCCAAAAGGAGAAAAAUGGAUUUGUUUCACAGCUGCCACCAGGGGAACAGUCCAAGAUUUGGUAAAAGAACAAGUGGUAAGUAAAAAUACAAAGCCAGCACAGCAACCUCGCCCUAUAUUCACCUCACGCCAGGACCUGUAUGCAAAGCUUAAACAACAGUUAAAAGAGGAAAACACCCCAAGGUUAGGAAAAAACCUGUUUGUGGAACUGGGGGAGAGGAUAGGUAAAGAACUUAACAUAACCAACUGUUGGGUCUGUGGAGGAGCUUUGAUGACAGAAGAAUGGCCAUGGAAAGGUAGCAACGUAGGCCCAGUAGAACUCCUUAAAUGGAACCAGACAAAUAUAAGAGGGGGGAACCGACCUGAGGGGUGGAUUUUAAGUUCAACAGUGAUAGGGGAAGAAUGCCUCUGGCGAACUGGGAAGAACUUUCUUAAUGAAGUAGGAAACACUCCCUGUAAAAGGUAUAAAGUGAGCAACAAAACUUCAAUGUGGUGGGUCCCAGAAAAACCAACUUGGUAUUGGGCUCAGAAAAAAGGAAAAGGCUGUAUAUAUGAUAAUGAAAUUGGACUCUUUCAGUGUAAUGACACAAGGAAAAAUCCUUAUUUUGGAAUCCCAGAAAUAUCCAAAUUUUGGGAGAAUAUAAAUCAACAAGAAGGUGAUUAUUGGAAAGACACCAGAUGGCUUAUUUUGGAUAUGUGGGAAAAGGGCAUACCCAAGACUCCCUUCAUAUUGGAAAGGGAGUUGUACAUUAGAAAUCAUUCAACCAGGGUUUUUCCUUUUACCAGAACCAGAGGGAGAUCAAUUAGGAAUACCUGUCUAUGAAGACUUCAAAAGAAAUAAAAAAGAUUUAAUUGGAGGAUUCCAAAAAUGGAAAGAUGAGGAAUGGCCCCCUGAACGAAUAUUAGAAACAUAUGGGCCAGCUACCUGGGCACAAGAUGGAAGUUGGGAAUAUCGAACCCCAAUUUACAUGCUGAAUCGUAUCAUCAGACUCCAAGCCCUUGUAGAAAUCAUAACUAAUGAAACAGCUGAGGCUAUGAAAUUAAUAGUCAGCCAGCAACGCCAAACCAGAGCUGCAAUAUAUCAAAAUAGGCUGGCUUUAGACUAUUUACUGGCUGAAGAAAGGGGUGUGUGCGGGAAGUUCAAUACAUUGGAAUGUUGUUUAAAAAUUGAUGACAAUGGGGAUGCUGUUCUAGAUAUCGCCAACAAUAUCAGAAAAAUAGCCCAUGUACCGGUCCAAAAAUGGGAAUCAAUGAUGACUGCUAACUGGUGGGAUGGCAUAUUGGGGAAAGAAUGGUGGAAGAAGCUAGGCUUCUUCCUCUUAUGUGCUACAGCUGGUCUAAUAUUUCUCCCUUGCUUGAUCCCCUGCUUUAUUCGGCUAAUCACCAGCGUAGUUCAAGGCAUGCAAGUUGUGACAAUGCCUACUGACCCAAAGUUGGCUAUGUCUGGAACAGCACAAAAAAUUAUGGUAUUAAAAAAACAAAGUGAUAUAAAAGACCCUCUCAAAGAAGCCAAAUUGAUCUGUGAAAAGAACGAACAGACAUUAGAAGCCAAGAAAAAAGAAAUAUUGCUCAAGCCAAAUGAUUUAUAAAAUAGAAAAAGGGGGGAUUGUUAUAAACAUGUAUUAUAGUAUUGGCUUCUCGCAAAGUAUUAAAGUAGAUAUUAUAUAAUGUUAGAAAUGCUUUUUGCUGUGUGGAUGUAGUUUU